GAAUAUUAGCUGAAUGAAAGUAAAACGAUCAUUAUACCUUUUCGUUGCAGACUCGUCUGAAGUCUGUGGAAGAAGUGAAGAAUUCUCUUGCUAGGAUUUCCAAAAUGGGACAUAAAUUAUUCAUUGUAUUCUUCACCUUAAUUUGUACAUCAGGUCUUCAUGCAUUGUCUCUGGUUCCAUCACAAAACCCUGUGGCUGUCGGGAGCAAUGUCACUAUAAGUGUGAAUGACACAGAGACCAUUACAGUUGGGACCUGGUUGUUUGGACCUAGUAUAUUGUUCUUUUGUUACCCAGGGGGCGUUUUUACAGGAAGUGGCCAUCAAAAUGGAACAGAAUUUAACAGUUCUACAUAUCAGCUCACCUUAACAUCAGUAACUCUGAAGAAUUCUGGCCUGUAUGUAUUAGAGGCAUUGCAACCAAAGGCCUCGGCACAGAUUACAUUAGAAGUUCAGGAACCUGUCAGUAAUUUAACUGCAUUUGUAAACGCAACAAACCUGGUGGAGUUUAACGACACCGUGACGUUCACAUGCUCCGCAAACGGAACCCCACAGUGGUUUUCAUGGACGAACGGAAGCUCCACGGUCACAGCGGGAGGAAGAGUUGUGCUCGGGAAUGGUGGACGAGAUUUUAUCAUCAGUGGUGUGACGCGGUACGACGAAGGGCCGUUCAAGUGUCUUGUGGUAAACAAUAUCAGCAAAGCAGAGAGUCAACCAAUGAAUCUCAGUAUAAGCUAUGGGCCCAGUAACCUAAGAGUGACGGCAUCGCCGGAGAAAUCGGAAUACAUCUCUGGUUCGGAUAUUACACUAUCAUGCUCUGCUGACUCCAAACCGACAGCUUCUUUCUACUGGAUGUUCAACGGCAAUCCUCUGGAUGUCUCUGGUCCGACUUAUGAUCUUAUGCACGCAACUCAGAACAGAACGGGAGAAUACACCUGUGUUGCCCAGAAUGCAGUCACACUCAGAAAUGCCGCAGAGACUAAAAAGAUCAAUAUAGUUGAUCCGAUUUCAGCAGUGACAAUUUUAGCAGGGAAUCAAACAAGCUCUCCAGUAGAAGGCAUGGCUUUUGAUCUAAACUGUAAUGUUGUGGGGCCAGUGAAAUCCAUUCAGUGGAUGAAGAAUGGCACAUACCUGGACGCCAACAAUAUGAUCACUUUCUCCAAUGACAACUCAACCUUGAGAUUUAACCAACUCACUCUUAGUGAUGACGGACUGUACCAGUGUGCUGCUAGUAAUGCUGUCAGCAACAUGACUAGCCUGGCCUACAGUCUUCUGGUUAACUAUGGCCCAAAAAAUACAACAGCCUCUGGUUCAAACAUAGCAGCAGUGGGAUCCAGCGUGACCUUCAACUGUUCCUCUGACUCUCGUCCCCAAAGUCAAUACAGCUGGUAUUUUAAUAACUUAAAUGUGAACAAUGGUUCAGUGUAUGUGACUACACCUCUCUCAAAAAACGAUAGCGGACAGUACAACUGCAUGGCCUUCAACAGCAUCACAGGCAGAAGCGGCUUUGCCUCAGUGACAUUAACUGUAUAUGCUCCUGUCAGCGAUGUUAUGGUGAAUAUGGACAAUCAGCAACCAAUCUUCAGUCAGCCAUUCACACUAACCUGCACUGCCAGUGGAGAUGUUGAACAGAUUCAGUGGAUGAAGGAUGGCACGGUCCUUCAUGCUCAAAAUGGAAUCACGUUCUCCAAUGACAACUCAACCUUGAGCUUCCAAAAUAUAAGUCUCAGUGAUGAUGGAUCUUAUCAGUGUGAAGCAAGUAAUGUUGUCAGCAACAUGACUAGCCCAAGCUAUGACCUGAUGGUCAACUAUGGUCCAUGGAACACAACCAUCUCUGGUCCAACUGUAGGAGCUAUCGGACAUAAUGUGACCUUCAGCUGCUCUGCUAACUCUCACCCAACAAGUCAAUACAGCUGGUUUUUAAACAGCUCAAAGGUGGGAGAGGGUCCAGUGUUAACUAUGACUCUCUCACCAAAUAGUGGCGGACAUUACACCUGCAUGGCCUCCAAUGACAUUACACACAUCAGCAGCAAUGCAUCACUGGAGUUAACUUUAAGAGAUCCAAUCAGCCAUGUGAUUGUGAGUGCUGGCGAUCAGCAACCAAUCUUCAGUCAGCCAUUCACACUAACCUGCAUUGCUAAUGGAGAUGUUGAACACAUUCAGUGGAUGAAGAAUGGCAUGGUCCUUCAUCCUCAAAAUGGAAUCACGUUCUCCAAUAACAACUCAACCUUGAGCUUCCAAAAUAUAAAUCUCAGUGAUGAUGGAUCUUAUCAGUGUGAAGCAAGUAAUGUUGUCAGCAACAUGACUAGCCCAAGCUAUGACCUGAUGGUCAACUAUGGUCCAUGGAAUACAACAGUUGAAGGACCAUCCAUGGCAGAGGAGGGCUCCAAUGUGACUUUCAACUGUACUGCCAUCUCUCGUCCUCAUAGUCAGUAUAGCUGGUUCCACAACACUUCAAAAGUGGGAGAUGGUCCAGUGCUUGUGAAAACAGCUCUUUCACUAAACAGUAGUGGACUCUACACCUGCAUGGCCAUCAAUGACAUCACAGGCAGAAGCAGCAACGCAUCACUCGAGUUGACUGUUAUUGAAACCAUCACGGCAGUGGACGUGAUCCCCGAUCGCACUAUUCCUCUGGCUUCCCAAAGCUUAACGCUCACCUGUAAUGUGAAGGGACGCUACAACACAGUCCACUGGCUUCAAAACAACCAGCAUUUCCAGCCAUCAGACAAAGUUAUAUUUUCAGAAAAUAACACCUCUGUAACCUUCAAAACUUUGCAGACCGCUGAUGAUGGGAGAUACCAUUGUGUCGCUUCAAAUGAAUUCAGACAGUAUGUCAGUAGCCCAUAUGAUCUGGCAGUCAUCUUUGGACCACAGAGUGUGCAGAUCAUUGUACGCCCUGGGAUUCCCCCCGUCCUAACAUGUCAAGCAGUGUCUCAGCCGCCAGCUGUGUAUCACUGGAUCUUCGAAAACAGCACCGUAGUGGGAAAUCAAUCCUCCAUAGAACUUCCCAUUAAGUCAAUCUUGGGCAGCAAUUACACCUGUGUGGCUAAAAACCCUUUGACUAAUGUGACAGUCUACACCAGCCAAGUCAUCAACUCCUCAAAUGCUGUUGUCGGUGUCCAGGCGAGUGUGGUGUUGAUGGCUCUCUUGGCUCUGCUUCUCCCUGUGCUGGAAGAAUGCCUCUAAUACUUAUAUUGCUGUGAAUGUCUUUGAGGCUUUUAUGUAGACUAAAUGAGGCUUGUGGGCAAAUUUAACACUUAAAAACAGCAAGAAAAAAUUUAAACUGACAA